GACAUUCUACUUCCAAGUAUUGUGUUGGUCAGGAGURCAAAGACACAGAAGCAUUGAGUCUUUCGUUUCUUAUAGAAGGAAACUAUUUUCUUUUUUCGAAAGCAGAGUUAACGGAUAGCGUACUACACGUCGUCGAACGAAAAUGAAAUAUGCUAUCAGCAAAUUGAGCUGUCUAGUMUGGGGGAUUUGGGCAGCUGCAUAUGUGUCGGGUUUUGUUUCUAGAUCGACACCGGUGACCCGUCCCUCAUUGGGAGGGCUGCCAUUCUCCGACCAGUGUUUAUCGUAAGUUCCAAUAUGGUCCAAAACGAAUUUCGAUUGGAGCGUUUCUAAUUGGUGGUCUUUUCUCCUUCUUCUUGUACUAUCGUCAUCUAACUUCGCAAUUACACCCUUCGUAACACGACACGAUUGCGGCGUUGCGUUUGUUGAAAAUCUUGUUCUCUCGAAACAGUCGGUCCAAUCUUGUAGUCCUGUCGACCGCUACUCCCAACGAUACGAGAACUUCAAGAAAUAAUUCGUAUAACAGAAAUAGUAAUGGGAGCAGCUUUGGCAGUGGAAGAGGUAGCUUCGGAAGAGGACGUGGAGAUGGUCGCGGAAGAGGAGACGGUCGUGGACGAGGGCGUGGCAGAGGUCGUGGUGGAGGUCGUGGUGGAGGUCGUGGAGGAGGAGGAAGAACUCCUAUGCUGAAACUCGAAAAUCCGUUGAAAAUUCAACGCGUGCAAGCGGAGCCCCCGCAGCGAGAGUACAAUAAUGACAGGCGAGAGGAUGGUGGUAGAGGCCGAGGUGGCAGAGGCCGAGGUGGAAGAAGCGGAGGCAGAGGUUCUUCCCAAUCUUCAUCCGACGACGGUGGCAAAAAAGAAAGAUCAUCGUCGGGCAACAAAUUUAGUGCCGGAAGUAAGUAGAAAACGACAUCGUGCAAUGCAAGGCUUAGGGGACUCGGCUUUCCCGAUAGCUAUUGCACAUUGUUUCAAGGAGUACGAUUUUAUCGGUGCUUGUAAUUGUUGAGGAUGGCUUGGCACCAUCGCAGAUUUUCUUUCUUGGGAUUUUGAGCAAGYAUCAUCUUAGAUAUUGUACACGACACUUUCUCAAUUUGGGCCUUUCUUUUGCUUUCUGUUCAUCCGUAGGUGGAAGCGAUUCUGGUCCAAGUAGUGGAGGUGAUUUCGGUAGAAAUAACGAUCGACGAAAGCGAAACACUGGUGCAAGAAGGGCACCUGCUGAAGGUCGCGGGGACGGAAAAAAUAGAGGAAAGACUUCCCUACGACUUGGAACUUCUGGAAGACGUCAGAGAAGAACUUCGAGYCGCGGAAGUCUCAGGAAGAGGGAUCGMACAUCUGAGAGAGAAGCCAGGGCGGAAGCUGCGGAAAUCCGCAACACAGUGUCUCUGCCAGAGUACGUACAUUUUUCCGAAGAAAUUAUGUAAUAUUUUUCGCAUUAAUAAUUGAUGUCACCUUGCUUACCAAUCGAUUGAUCAUUUUUGCUGUGUCUCAGAGGUCCGAUUUCAGUUCAAGCUCUUGCCGAAAUUAUCGAUGAGAAACCGGUUGCAGUCAUCAAGUUUCUCAUGACUGAUUGUGGUGUUAUGGCAUCCAUGACACAAAAUCUUGAUCCAUCGACAUGCGUAGCUGUUGUUGAGGGAUUCGGAAAGAUUGUUGGAGGUGAUGACGAAGACGAGGAUGAGGAAGAUGAUGACUAUGACGAUGAUAGUGCUUUGGCAAUGGGUUUUGUGGUCGAAGAUGAAGACGAAGCGUUGAUGCAACCUAGACCUCCAGUUGUUACAAUCAUGGGRCACGUUGAUCACGGAAAAACUUCCCUCCUAGAUGCCAUCCGAAACACUCGAGUCACUGCUGGCGAGGCGGGAGGUAUCACACAACACAUUGCCGCCUACCAAGUCGAUCAUGAGGGACAAAGCAUCACGUUUAUUGAUACACCAGGUCACGCCGCUUUCACUGAUAUGCGAGAAAGAGGAGCUAAUAUCACAGAUAUUGUGAUUUUGGUUGUUGCUGCGGAUGACGGAGUAAAACAACAGACAGCGGACUCCAUUGUAUGCGCUAGACAGGCAGGUGUCCCUUUGAUCGUAGCGAUCAAUAAAAUUGAUCUCGAGACUUCGGAUCCGAACAGAGUUAUGACCGAAUUGACUGGUUACGAUAUUCUCACUGAGGAACUAGGAGGAGAUGUGUUGUCAUCGCAGAUUAGUGCCAAAGAAAAAACCAACUUGAAUGACCUUCUCGACAAGAUCAUGCUCCAGGCUGAAAUUCAAGAUUUCAAGGCAAAUCCUGAUCGGAAUGCGGAAGCUUUCGUAGUAGAAGCCAACGUCGAGACUGGACUGGGAACUGUCGCGACAUCUCUUGUGAAGAAGGGAACGCUUAAGGUCGGUGAUAUUUUUGCGGCUGGCGAGACUCACGGAAAGGUCCGGGCUCUUAUUUCGACGAAUGAUGGAAAGACAAGACUGAAAGAAGUUGGUCCUUCCACUCCUGUCCGUAUUGUUGGUUUUGAAGGCAUUCCUUCCGCCGGUGAUUCUCUUGUUGUUGUCGACGAUGAACAAACAGCAAGAACAUUGGCAGAGAGUCGCCAAAGGUAUGUAUCGUGCUAAUUGUCAUUUCGAAGUUUAUCUCCCAAUUAUUUGGAUUUACUAACAAAUUGAACACCUCAAAUCAAAUUUAUACCCACGCAGAAUUGCCCGUGAGAAAUCUUCGAAUUCUUAUCAGAAUGCCUUGAUGGACUCGGUUUCCCUUCAAUUUGGAGCAACUAAGGAACAGCGUUUCAUGUAUGUUCUCGUAAAGGCUGACGUAAAGGGRUCUGCUGAAGCUCUCACACGUGCUCUUCAAGAACUCAAGCUAGAAAACGACGAAGCAGUUGUUACCGUAAAGGUGCUUGUGAGUGAUGCCGGUGAGGUUUCUAAGAGCGAUAUUGCUAUCGCCUCGGUAACACCAGGAACAACAGUUAUCGCAUUUAAUGUUGCGGCCUCCAUGGCUGCGAUGGAUGACGCGCGUAUUCAAAAUAUUCCUUUGGAAUAUUAUAGCAUUGUUUAUGAUGCUAUUGAAUCUGUUGAGUCUAGAAUGCAAGAAGUCCUCUCGCCUACACCAACAGGUGAGUUCACGGGAGCUGCGGAAGUCCAAGAGGUUUUCAAYAUCGGUGGUACUGGUAAUAUUGCAGGAAGUCGCUGUACAGAGGGUAUUUUGCGAAAGGGAGGCAAUGUACGCGUUAUGCGUGGUGACAAGAUUCUCACAGAAUCUACUAUCAAGACAUUGCGUAAUUUCAAGGCUGAAACAGACACGAUCGAAGCCGGAAACGAAUGUGGAAUUGGCCUUGCUGACUUCGAAGAUUUCACGCCUGGAGACGUCAUUGAAUGCUACGUGGAAUAAUUGUAUUUAACAAACCAAAUUACGAAGU